AUGUCUUCCCACCGACCCCCUUUGGCCAAUGUCCCCAAUGCCGCAAACUCUCCUCACCAUGGCGGCUCCAACGCUGCUGGAGUAAAACGGGCGAACUCAGUAUCUCACUUGGUCACUGUGUUUUCACAGCCACCUCCGAAAAAACGCUUUCUGGAGAAAGACGACGCGGCGUCUCGCUCUCCAACCAAAACAACACGAACGACCAUCUCCAGCCAGACUGCCGAGUCCAGAGUGUUCUCACGACGUACUCACCAUACCCAGGCCACUGCCUUUGAGAGGAAACUGAUUGCCGCGAGAGAAAAAGAACGACAGUCUCAGCCCAGGGGCUCUAAAUAUGAGAAAACCUCUGCCGAAACCAUGGACAAUAUCAGACAGUGGCAAAGACAUUACCGCAAGGCCUUUCCUGGGUUUGUUUUCUACUUUGACAGCAUACCUACAGAUGUGCGGAGUCGAAGCCUCAGGGAAGUGCUUGCGUUGGGUGCUCGUGAAGAAAGGUUCUUUUCUAGAACAGUGACCCAUGUUGUCACCUCACGCCCAAUCCCUGACCCAGAUGCUCCGAGUCCUCUUGAGAGCCCGACACUGGAACAGCUUCCAAUCGAUGGUCAAAUCCAGACCGUGAACCCGUCGUUGCUAGAGAGGAAUGACCACCGCAGGGACCAAGGAAACAACACUGAUGUGUUAUUCCGCGCACGACAGAUGGGUAUGAAAAUCUGGGCGAUCGAAAAACUGCAGCGUAUGUUGGCAGCGAUCAAUGAAGCAGAUACUCCUACGACUUAUGCCGGUGGCCGGACCGGCCUUUCAACCACCAGGGCGCGUGGAGACACCGAGCUUUCUCAAGUUCUUCGCAACGAACGGCUACAUGGCCCCUCUGAUCGCGAUCCAUCACAGCUCAUGAAGGACCUGCUCCUGUUUAAAGGCCCGUACAUUUAUAUUCACGACAUGGAUGAGAAGACCCGGCCUGUCAUGGUGAGAGAAUAUUCCAAAGUUGCCAAGAGGCAGGACGGUACUUGGCCACAAUUUCGCAGUGCACCUCUCGGGAAAUGCCCCUUCAUUGAGGAAGCUCCGUCGAAAAGGGAAAUCGCACGCAUGAGAGAAGAGAGAAAGAAGUCCGCGAUGGCCACCAUCUUAAAAGCAGAGAAGACAGAAAAUGUCAAGAAGCAACCAGUACAGGAACAGGAAAACUCUCGCCAGCACGAUAAUGAAGCCAUGGUUCCUCCUGCGAAGGUGGACACUGAUGUUUCUGCCGUGGCCUCAGGACAAACGGAGCCAAAGAUGUUUCCUAUUCGGCCAGGUUCAUCUCGCAAGAGCUCCGAAAGCUUCAUUGCGCCUGCCUUGACUCGGACCGGCCCAUUCCACCUUGGCCGCGAGCCCACUGCUUCUGGAGUUCAACCCUCGAAUAUUACAUCGGCAAUUCGGUCUCAGAUGAUUUCGUCCACCACAGCUGCUCCUGGAGCCAAGGCAGGGUUGAGCAAAGAAGUGCAUGGGCUGCAACGAAAAGUGCUGGAGAAAGGAAAUGUGGGUAUACCUGGCGGUAGUUUCUCGUCACAUCGAUCCGUUGAGAUGCCCGCCACUGCCGGAGCGUUGGCAGAUGUGCCUUCAAGACCCAAGCAACCAGCAGAGAAGCAGGGCCCUAUCUUGGAAGAAGACACAACGCAGUCCGAAGACAAUGGCAGCCACAAAUUUCAAGUCGCCCAGCGAAAGAACUCUCAACAGGAAGAAGUCAAGGAAAAGAAGCGUGACCCGAAACCGGGAUACUGUGAAAACUGUCGCGAUAAAUUCGACGACUUUGAUGAGCACGUAAUGACCAGAAAACAUCGCAAAUUUGCCACCACCUUGUCCAAUUGGACCGACCUUGACGCACUUCUAGCUAAGCUUAAGCGCCCAGUAAAAGGACAAUACGACAGAAUGGAAGUGUGA